AUGUCGGGGCACGGAAGCAGGGCGGCAAGGCGCGCACCAAGGCCAAGACCUCGCGGUCCGGGCUGCUAUUACCCGUGGGCCGCGUGCACCGCCUGCUCCGCAAGGGCAACUACUCGGAGCGGAGCGGAGCGGGGCGGGGCGGGCGCGCCCGUGUACCUGGCGGCCGUGCUGGAGUACCUGACGGCUGAGAUCCUGGAGCUGGCGGGCAACGCGGCCGGCGACAAGAAGACCAUCCAGGCCGUGCUGCUGCCCAAGAAGACCGAGAGCCACCACAAGUCCAAGUAA